UACUACACAUAAAAAAUCAACAUCAAAUCAACACUACACGACUCUGUGGUUCGAGAAUAAAAAUCAAAACAUGUCGUACUCGAAUAACUACUCGUGCAAACUAGCCCCUGCAAGCUAGCUCCUCCAAACUAGCAUCUGCAAGCAUGAAAAUAAGAAAGAUUGAGGUCCCUGCUGCGGAAGUUAUCGACGGAUAUGCAGUGUACUAUGUAGAGGUAUUUAUCACAGAGUACUCUUGGCUUGUCAGAAAAAGAUAUCGCGAAUUCCGUGAAUUGCAUGACAAGCUUGUAAAAGAAUACCACAUCGACCAGUCUCUGCUUCCUCCAAAGAAGUAUUUUGGUAACCUCGACCCAGAUUAUAUUGAGACCAGGCGACUGCUUCUGGAAAUUUACCUUCACAAGUUGCUUGAGAAGUUUGAGGACAAUUUGCCUGAUCAACUAGAUAAUUUCCUUGAAGGGUUCAAAUAUGAUGUUUGCGGUGUAACCUACAACUUGGCAAAAGAGCUUUUUGAGACAGGGGACAAGAUACUUCUGGACAAACAGCCAUACACCUUCACACCCCUACAGCUGUACUGUAUCACUAAAAGACUGGCUUUACCAGUGCCAACAUGUGGUAUGCUGUUACCAGAUGCUAGUAGUAAUGUCCAUAACAUCCAUGCAGAGAUUGGAAAUUUGUAUGAUUUCAUUCAAAAUCUUUCCCAUCUCAAGAUUGUUGGAAAGGGUCAGCAGUUCCAUCUGAGUGAUAAUGUGGAUUUCAAAUAUGACCUGUCGCUGUUUAAAUCCCUCUCAAACCUUGAGGUGAGCUGCAUUGAAAUGGAAGCUGUACAAGGCUUGUGUCAACUUUUGACCCAACUGAAAUCACUCACAGUUCAUCAGUCUGCUCAUCUUCUUAAGGAUGUGCUUGUGGACGACAAGGUCUGGGAGCAGGGUGUUCUUGAGACUGUAAGAACAGAUGGAAGCUCCUAUCUCACUCCUAACUCUAAUUUCCAUACCUGGACAGACAUCAGGAUGGCUGACUUUAGCAACAACCAUUUUCCCUACAUAGAUGAGUCUGUGUCUCUGUUGCCCAACAUUGAGUCUCUGAACUUGAGCCACAACUGCAUUGAGGAGAUAAAUCAUCUGGAGAGUUUGUCUGAGCUGGAAGUCCUGGACCUCUCUCACAACAAGCUGCGAGCAAUCCCAACUAAUCUAAACGCUAAAUUGGGAAACAUUCGAAAACUGAAUCUGGCCAACAACCAGCUCAGUUGCGUGGAUGGAUUAGAGAAACUCUACUCUUUGGUGGAAUUGGAUCUUCGCAGUAACUUGUUGACAGAGGUCAGCAGCGUUGUUCUUAUUGGCGAUUUACCCUGUCUAGAGAACCUACAUCUGGAGGGAAAUCCGCUGACCAAGGAGAGUAGUUAUCGCGUGCGCGUACUGUCCGGAUUUGGGGAACGAGCACGGCUGGUGUCGCUCGAUGGCCAGCCUCCGUCAGACCGAGAGAUGAAGAAGGUGUCCGAGCUGCUGAGCAGAGAGCAGGAUUUUGAGAUCAUCAACAUACCUCAGUCUGACCCGUCUACGAGCACCAAGAAGGCAGUUAAGAAGGGCGCAAAGAAGAAGAAUGUUGAUCGGAUCAUCGAGCUGGAAGGAUCAAAGAAUCCGACCUCCGGGUUAACAGAUUCGUUUGAAGUGGACGAAAGUGAUGCAGAGUUCCGUUCACGAGUGGAAAAGAUUCGUCUGCUUGGAGGAGAAAAGUGGCUGACGAUGCUCGGCGAGAUACAAUCCGAUGAGGCAUCGGCAAGGUCCAGCUGCCCAGACAUGGAGCAAAAGCCCUCCAAGGAAGUGACAUCGCCACCUGACCGGCCUGACGCCAAUGAAACCCCAGAAAAUCAUGCCAGUGGCAACCAGCUUCGUGUUGAAUCCAGCAGCCAGGAAAACGACGUCUCAUCACGCAGCGACUCCUUCACCAGCGUUGCCAAGGUAUCCGGUGUCGGGACCGGGGGGCCUAGUACCGAGCCACCCAGACUGCAUUUCGGGUUCACGUGUGAAUUGGAGGAGCUUAUCCGCGAGAAUUUAGAGCGCGACCUGCAAAUCACAUCCGGCACUUACAUGGUGGAGGUGGCCAGUGCAACCGCUGGGCAGUGGGAGGAACGAAUGGUGGGCGUGGACCUGUGUAAGGGCUUGAUCCUCGAGAUUGUUAUUGCGUCUGGCAGGACUUGCGCCAGACAUAAGCUAGACGACGUAAGCAGUGUGGAUAUAUUGGACUUCCAGGGCUCUUACCACAUUGACAUCCAGGACACAUACUCCAAGGAGUGGCGGCGUCAUCGCGCAGUACUGCCAGCGGAUCACAGUCAGACAAAGGACUACCGACAGGUCGCUCGUUACCGCAUGCGCUCCAUUCGGGAUGCCGCUGAACUAUUUGUAUUGUUGUAUAAGUUUAUUACCAAGAGCUGGGAGAGCUCUAAUUGCAUUGGGUCUAGUACCACCACUACCGACUCCUCAAGUAAACUUACUGAUGCAAAACGCGAACGAUGGGCCAAUCCACUCGGUGUUCCCGAUCACGUGCUAGACACAUUCUUUGAAGAGUUCCUUCACAAAGAAGCUCGGCAAGAAAAAAAGAGAGAAGAGGGUGUAACCGCUGUCCUAAGUUGCCAUGACGGCAAAGAUCGCGUGCGCAGUUCAAGGAUCCACAGCAUUUACCAGGCGUUACAUGCUGAUUUUAUCCACGCAGGAGCACUCAAACACGACAGAUUGAGCUUAGAGACAGAGAGCGUUCGACUAGCGAUCUGGGUUGGCUGCCUCCCGUACGCCUUCCCAGAACAUGAGCUUCCCGUCUGUCUAAUGAUGACUCAAGUAAACAUCUUUCUCUUCCACCUUUUUCACUCCAAUUCUCCCGUCGCCAUCAAGUCCCUCCGCAUCUCCACUGACCUGCACCAAGUGAUGAAGUGCUUCUACAGCAUGCCUGUGCGUUCUCUUAACCAAGUGGUGAUGGGAUUAUACGAUCAAGGUUUCAGACUAGAAGUCAAGUCAGACGGGCCGCAAGGAACUUUCACAUUUCUUACUCGGGAUUCGGAGAAAACUGGACUUUUCCUCGAAAGACUUUAUGAGGCGUUAGGGGAGUCGAGUGAUGACGAGAACUCGUUGUUUCACCGAAGAGUUAGCUUCAAGUCCAAGAUUUCGACAAUGCCCUCCUUUAUUUUCCCCGAUGAGAAGAAAAUUGAGACACUUAAAACCGGGCUGAAUAAAGCUGUCGAUGAUGGCUCGAGAAAUGAAGACAUGCUAAUGUACACCAUUGUCCGAGAGCUGCCCGACAUUAGCACGACUGAAGACCGAGACAAAGGGAUGCUCACGAGAAGGCUCCGUAGUUUAAUCGUGAUGAAUUCGAGGAUCUUCUUGUGUGACGAAGAUCACGUGCACUGGCCUCUCCCAAGUUUCGUGCGUGCCCAGCCUUCCACGCCACAAUGGGUUGUUUCCAAAUGGCAAGAUAUUAAUAAGAUCAUUGGCAUUGAAGUAUUCCAGUUGCAGAACUCUAGUGAGUUCGUGGGAAUGUUUGGUCUGUCGCUGAUGUUCGAUGAUGAUGAUGUUGCUGAUGAGACGACAGAAGGUAUGCCCCAAACAACAUCUUCGCCAAACUGCUGGAACCUCGUCUUUAGAUCUUUGGACGAGAGAGAACAGCUGCAACGGUCUUUGUCUCAAGUGUGGAAAGACCAUUUCGAGGCUGACCUCAAUAUCACCACAAGUACCCAUCCACGAAUCCUGACAUUGCACUCAGACAACCAAAGCACUGACCUGUUAGGCUUCCACGACUCUUGUUCUUCGGUGAAGUCGGUCACGCCAGUUGGCACGCCUGUCGAGAGCACCUUUAAAAAGACGCAUCGCAGGGUCGGCUCAGAUACUUUACCGAUAUUCAGGUCUGCGGAAUUGGAAUGUUUCGAGUCACUUGUGGCACUUGAUCGGAAAUCUUUGGAUAACUUUUUCCGGAAGCACAUUUUGCACAAGACUUCCGGUGAGCAGGACACGUUGUUGCACGUUCUUUGGACGGGAUGUAUCCCCUAUAAAUUCCCCUCCUUUGAGAUUCAGAGCUGCGUGUUGUUGAGUAACGUAAAGGUGUACAUUCUCGUCGACUUUGAACACAAGGGUCUCUUGAGCAACAGGAGUUGUAUUAAAUUGCGAGGUGCGGAAAGCAACCAGAGUAAGGCAAUCUACUUUAAAAGUGUCUCGAUCAAGGACUUAAAGCAGGUUUGCGUUGGACUUUUUGAUCAGACGGUUCGUCUUGAAGGGGGAUCUCCAGACGACACCUUCACCCUAGUUACCAGAGAUUUCAACCUCACAAGUGCGUUCCUGGAGUGUCUGCACACUGUUCUGGCAUCGGAGCAAAAUCCCUCUUCAGCAAAGAAGGUGGACUCCUCGCCAAAGAGUAUCUAUGACUCCCACGCCGUGGAGGCGGACCGGGGUGCUGAUAUCCUAAAUGGAGUUAAGUUUGUAUAUCCUUGUGAUGACACUCUGGAAAUCCUCAAAGACUCUAUCGCCAAGUUCAGCCAAGAAUCGGACUUCUGUACCGCAUUACAAGACGUAACCAUCCUCGUGUAUCUAUUAGUGUUUCACGUUGUAAAGGACGACGCGGAGGAGCCCAAGACUCUAGUGAUAAUGGAUCGUUCAUUGUGCCUUUGUGUUGAGGACCACGUCCACUACCCACUGACUCUCUUCGCGACGGGUCUCCCAGAGAACCCUCAACACCGUGUGUGGGACGUCCGAGACGUAGAGAACCUUUCCCGCGUCGAGUUUACUGACUUUAACUCCUGUAGCUUUACGCUGGUGUUUUCAGACACAACGCCGAAGUUCCAGGAUGAGCAUGAGGAUUUUGACUCGGCGAGUAUGGGGGAGCUUUGUGUAAUCACGCAUUUUAUGGCCGAGAACCCUGGUGAGACUACGUGGAAGAUUAUUGCUCCAACGUAUGAGGAAAAGGAGAAGGCCUUGAACUUGAUUUGCAAGCUAUGGGGUGACAUCCGUGGCGGGGUAUUGCCAGUUGUGAAGGCCGUGACUUUAAGGCUAUAGUGUCUUUGCAUGAAUAACUGCUGUAAGCAGACAGUACCAGCUUAGCCCUACUUUUUUAAUUUCGGGCCGUAUGCUGUGUUAGCCUACGUGUAGCCGCUGACUCGCGAAAUCCUCUCGUAGCGUCUAAGCAACGGCGGCGAUAAUCGUGUUCCGUGACGUCACGGCUUUCAAAGGAAAACCUAUGAUAGUCUCUGAUUGGCCACUGACUUAGUAACUUUCUCUUUGAUAUUUUGAUUGGCCCAGAUCAGAAGUUGAAAUUAAGGUUCCCGCUGUUUACGAUGUGAGUUUAUCGGACGGUUCAAAUAUGGAGAAAAACACUACGACUCUCCCACCUAAUCGCGAUAAAUCUGUCCUAAGUUCAGCCUUAGACAUGUGUCAACAUUAUUUGGGAUAGAGAAACCACACAAAGAACAAGAGAAGGCUUUCUCUGCUUUUCUGAACGAUGAUGUCGAUGUCUUUCUACGGAAAGUCUUUCAUUUACCAAGCAAUAUCGUUAUUUUAGUUAUUUUCCAAAGUUCUAUCCAAAAUGGCUAGGUUUUUACCAAAUUUUUCCUUUUAAGCUGCAGAUCACGGCAAUCCUGAAUAUGUAUGCGCUUGUGUUGCGUACACAGAAAUCUAAACGCUCAAGUUCACAACGAACGCUGAAAGUCGAGGAGCGCUUGCUAUCCAUGAGAUACCGUUCGUAAUCUUUCUCAAUUACCCUCUUACAAAGAAUGCAGGUAUACAUUAGCAGAAUUAAAACGAAGGAAUGUGCACUUGGAAAGUAGCAGCAUUAGAUGGCGAUGUUGGAAUGUUUGUUUUGCAUGACGAAACCUGAACGUGUUUGCGCGCUGAAUAAGAGAAAAGCCGUUCAUAGAUGUCAAAAUUAAUCUAUUCAAAUUUAUUACAAUGGCGUCACGGAACACGAUUAUCGCCGGGGUUGCGUAGACGCUACGAGAGGAUCUCGCGAGUCAGCGGCUACACGUAGGCUAUAGCUGUGUGUGAAUGACUUUUACAUUAUUUCUCAAGAAGCAGGGUCGUCCGCCAAUAUUGAAAAAUUCGUGCCCGGUAAUGUCAAGAAAUGUAAGAAAUAGUAAUGUUACCCAAAAUAAUAACAAAAAGACAGCGAUAAUUAAUAGGAAAACUUUUAAAAAACACAAAUAUUGCCCAUCUCUGAAAAUUCGAGCUUUCAGAGCCCCUAUUUUCAAACCAUUUAUUCUAAACCCUAGAAAGUGGUCAAUCUUACCAGGGGCGAAUUCUAAACCCUAGAAAGUGGUCAAUCUUACCAGGGGCGAAUUUUGCCUAGGCAAUUAAAGUGCUUUCGAAAAAAAAAAUAAUUAAGGCUGACAAUCCAACGUCAUAAGUAAUUAGAACCUGAAACAUUGAGUCAAAAGAAAGAUAUAUAUAUUAUGUACUAUAUGUUAUUAUAAAAGCUAAAACUUAAUAUUAGAAAUAUGAUACACAGACUAUUCACAGGGAAACUUGGACUCAAAUGUGAUACUUACGGAACACGUAGGUUACUAUAUACGGGACACGAUUAAAUGCGCGGUGGAACCUCCCACCCUGUUUUUUGGGCAGUACAUAUAGUGCUUUCUACGCACACGUCCUGUUUAUACAGCUGAACAGAUCUCUGAUAAUGUACCAUUUUACUCUGCUGUCUUGGCUAACAAUCUCAAAUUUUCAAAUAUGCAUGCCUUGCAGACGAACGAUGCAGAGGUAUAUAUAAGAAGUAUAUAUAUAGUAUAUAUAAGAAAACAAGUUUUUUUCAAUCCCCCGAUCUUGAAGGUUGAAUAAAAAUUUUAGUGAUAGCGACCCGUAUUGUUAGGUAUAAAGAUAGUUUCUGUAUUGAAAGAGGCAUAAAGAAUAAGAUAAGAAAAUAAAAGAUAGAGUGGUUUUCAUAA